UGCUAAUGACCUCAGAGGGGCAGAUGGUAGAUGAACAGCUGGAGGAUGAAGCGCAUCAGAGCAUCGCACUGAAACUGCUGUACAGAUCCAGAACUUCUGCAGAGCUGCUUCUCCUUCACUAACCCCUGCACCAUCAUCAUCAUCAGCAUAGUAAAGAAAGGACAGCUGACCCACUGACAUCAUGGGCCGAAAGAAGAUUCAGAUUUCCCGUAUUCUUGAUCAACGAAACCGUCAGGUGACAUUUACCAAGCGUAAGUUUGGCCUGAUGAAAAAAGCCUACGAGCUGAGUGUGCUGUGUGACUGCGAGAUCGCCCUCAUCAUCUUCAACAGCACCAAUCGCCUCUUCCAGUACGCCAGCACUGACAUGGAUAAAGUUUUGCUCAAAUAUACAGAGUACAGCGAGCCUCACGAGAGCCGCACUAACCACGACAUACUGGAGACUUUACGCAGGAAAGGGCUCGGCUUGGAGGGAUCUGAUCUUGAUCAUGAAGAUGGCAUGCAGACAGGACAGGAGAAAUAUCUGCUAAAUGAAGGAAUGGACCUCUCCAUCACCCGACAACGAUACUAUCCUCCUUCUCUCCUUACAUCAGAGACUCAGCUGCUGAUGGGUGUUGGCUGUGAGAACGGGCACCCAUCAAACCCGAGCCUGGGAGCGAACCGAGCUCCAGCCUUUAAGCCUUUAAGCUCCAGGCCUGGAUCUACUGGCCCUGCAGGACCCAACACACACACUGCACUUAUGGCUUCACAUACAGGCAUUGGCUAUUCGAUGUUUUCCCAUGGCAACCUGAGCAGAGCGCUGGAGAUGAAGACUCCACCUCCUCUGAGUUUGACCAGCGAAGGGCGCCGUGUCGAAGGUCAUCCAGGAAUGGGCGGAGCGCGUGGAAAUUUGAACAGUGCGAGAGCUCUGUAUCAGAGUAUGCACUCUGGUGGACACAUGGUGACCAUGGGGAAGCCGUGGAAUUAUGGCACCUCAGAGUUUUGCCAUCCGGGAUACCCAGUGGGCUUUCAGCGCAGCUCAGCAAAUACCUGGCAGUCUUCUACACAGCAAGAACCCCAAGCAUCAGGAAUGCAUACAGGAAUGUCAGGUGGAGGCUGCUCUUACUCCUCACAAGGCUCCUCACCCUCGUCCCCACCUCAGGCUUUUCUCAACGUGAACAUCAAAUCAGAACGCAGCUCCCCUGUACACACACACUCCCCUGCUACACCUCCCGCCCAUCAUUCACCAGCAGGUGGUUCAGAGGGGAUGAGCCGACCCCCUCCAGAGCCCUACAGGAGCAUUGACAGGGGUGAGUUUCGGAAAGGAAGCUAUGCAGAAGAGAAAGGAGAGCUGCCUGUAAAAAAUAUGGAGAUUGGAAAUGGGUGGCAAAGAUAACAGUCCCAAUGACGAAUUUCAUUUCCUUUAUCUGUUGUCCCCUGAGCAAACUAAUUAGCAGCGUUUUAUAAAGAGUCGCUUAAUAUUUUGGUGGAACAGAAAACUGUGGUCAACCAUUUUUUAAAUUAAUAUUAAAAAGAAAAAUAAAGCAUAUGGUAAAAAU